CACAUACAUUGUCACAUGGAAAUAAAAGAUCAGCACAAUAUUUCUAUUUAAACUGACGUUCUUUAUUCAUUUGGGAAUUUGUAAUUGUGACGAUCAACUAAUAGUGUUGAUGUUUGACCGAUUUUUCUUUCUCUCUAUAUAUAUGAGCAGGAUAUAGUUGACCAUUUUAGUUCUGUCUUUGGAAUGUAAAAAUGCAGGAUCUUUUCUUAGCAGAAAACACGAUGGAUUCAGCAUACCAGUCGCUUGUUGAGAAGUCAUUCUUUCAGUCUUCCCCAUGUUUUCUCCUUUUACUUGGAGCACCGCUACGAGUUUUUCAUUUUGGUCGAGGGAAUUCUCCAAAAUUGAUAAAUUCUCUCGGAACGAUGUUGACGGUUUUAAUUGCUGUUUUAACAUUUGGUGUUUUAGCAAUUAAUAAACAUGUCAUUCUGGACGGAGAUCAAUCUCUGACGGAUUUUUUUCCAGUGCUUGUCAUUAUAACAAUGGCACUGGAAGCAUAUUUAUCUCGGACAAAGAAGAUAUCACAACCUCGUUCUCAAUUUGUUUCAUUGUUACUACUGAUGUUGUUAUUGUCUGUUUUACUAAGACUGUGUUUUAGUAGUAUACAAGAAGGUGUAACGUUCCAUAAUGGAACCAAUGAUUUUUUACAGAGCAGUAUCCUUUUGUUAUAUUGUGUACUGUUAUUGACUCGCCUGGUUGAGUCAGUGUUUUACAGCAGUAAUAUUGAGGAUUCUUCUGCAGGAAACCAGGUUCCUGAAGACGAUCCGAGCAAAACUAACAGAUCUGUUUUAUCGUCACUAACGUUUGGAUGGGUAGAGCCACUGCUGGAAAAGGGAGGUGAUAACAGCUUAAAACUAACUGAUUUGCCGCCAUUUGGACCAUCUAGUACAACAAAAGUAUGCAUGGAGAACUUUGAAAAAUAUUGGACAAAAGAAGUAACCCGAGCUAACAGUGAGAAAAAGGACAAGAACUUGGACAAGAAGAAAAUUCCAAAAGCCAGUUUACUGACUUGUAUUUGUAAGGCAUCAGGACCACAGUUAUUACUGUCUGCUUUGAACAAAUUAAUUACACAUGGAACAGAUAUCGCACAUCCAUUCACAUUGACAUUGCUGUUAGCUUGUAUAUCGUCAAAGUCACCUGAAGACACACAGAAAGGCUACAUGUAUGCCUUUUGUAUCUUCGGAAUCGAGCUGAUUAGAACCUUUGCUUUGAUGCAUCAUAUACACAUGACUCAGGAAGCAGGAAGAAGGAACGAACUGGCACUUACUGUAGCAAUUUACAAGAAGAUACUUAGGCUAUCAAACACAUCAAGAAAAUCAUCUACAGUUGGAGAGAUAAUAAAUCUGUUGUCGGUUGAUGCUGGCAAAAUAGGAGAAUGUAUGUGGAGUAUAAACGAUGUAUGGGCAGUUCCAUUGGUUUUCUGUACCUGCUUUUAUAUAACAUGGAAAACUCUAGGAAAUGCAGUAGUGAUAGGUAUUGGUGCUUUGGUGGUACUUAUGCCUAUAUUUUCAAUAUUCAUAAAGAAAUCACAUGCUUUUCACGUUUUAAAGAAGAGUUUCACUGAUGCAAGAAUCAAAAUGAUGAAUGAGAUAUUGAAUGGGAUACGCGUUAUGAAGAUGUAUGCAUGGGAAGAGUCGUUUAUGCAACGUAUUACACAAAUACGCGACAAAGAGUUAAAUAUGAGACAAAAAACUAAAAGACUUGAAACAUUCCAGUUCGCAUUGUCAUCAUCUACACCUUUUAUGAUAUCAUUUUGUACUUUUGGUUCGUACGUGUACUUGUACCCAAACAAUGCUAUAUCAGCUGAGAAAAUAUUCUUGUUCACCUGGAUGUUUGGAAAUCUUCAUUGGGCUUUGCAUGCCGUUACACAUACCAUCAACAAUUUUAAUACGGCUUACAUAUCGUAUCAACGGAUUGAAAAGUUUCUGAACAAUGAGGAAAUCGAUGACGAGUUUAUAACACGGAGUGAAGAGACGAAAUAUGGAAUUACGUUAGAUAAUGGAAACUUCAAGUGGGAUAAAACGGCAGAAACAAUAUUGAAAGACAUAAACCUGAAGAUACCAGAAGGAUCACUCAUUGCUGUAGUUGGAUCUGUAGGAUCUGGAAAAUCUUCAUUCCUUACGUCUCUCCUUGGUGAAAUGGAGACGGAAACAGCAAACAUUAAUGUAAAGGGUUCAGUUGCAUAUGUUGCUCAGCAAGCAUGGAUAAUGAAUGCGACAUUACAGGACAAUGUGUUAUUCGGUGAUGAACUGAAGCAGAAGGAAUACGAGCAAAUAAUUGAUGCAACAUCUCUAAGAACAGACUUAGAAAUAUUCGCUGCUGGUGAUCAAACUGAAAUCGGCGAAAAAGGCAUCAAUUUAAGUGGAGGGCAAAAACAGAGAGUAAGCUUAGCACGAGCACUGUAUAAAGAUGCAGAUAUAUAUCUCCUAGACGACCCACUAAGUGCUGUAGAUUCACACGUUGGUAAACAUAUUUUCGAUUCAGUUAUAGGCCCAAGCGGUAUUUUAAAGGACAAGACGAGAAUACUUGUAACGCACGGACUAAGUUUUCUGAGAAAUAUGGAUAUGAUAAUUACACUAGUUGACGGUAAAAUAGGAGAAAUAGGAUCAUUCACGGAACUCAUCGGACAUGAUGGCGCGUUUGCUAAUUUUUUGAAAACCUACAUGAUAGAAGAACUGACAAGUGGGGAUCCGAAAGAAGAACAAGAAGCACUUGCAUUAACAGAAGAAGUUGCAUCCGAACUAGAAAGAAGUGGAAGUUCAUCAGAACUAAUUAGACAGCUGUCGGAGAUAGCACAAUUGAAAAGAUUGGAAUCAAGCGAGGACGAAUCAUACAAGUCUAGACCCUCAAUACUAAGACGUCACUCUGAAAGACCAUCAUUACUUAGACGUCACUCUGAAAUACAUAAAAAGACGACGGAUAAUGGAUUAGAAAAUGAAUCCGUAGAAAAAAAGUUGUUGAAGAAAAACUUUCUCAGACAACAGUCCGCAGAUCCAUAUUCUUCCACAACAUAUUUGAAUAGUUCCUUACAUGAUAAAUUGCAUCAUACUUCCAAUCAACAUUUACAAGGGUUAGCUAUAGACGACAUAAGUAUGUACAACCCAGACCCCUUAGAUGAUAUUAUAAAUGAGAUAUGCGUGGAAGACGAAAGCAGUGUAUUGAAUAGACAAUCUUCACGUUCUUUGACAAGACAACCAUCAAUGUGUAACACAAAGAAUGAUAAGGAAAAAUGCACAAAGGCAACCCUGAUAGAAGAUGAGACCAUUGAAUCAGGAACGGUGAAGGUCAGCGUCAUAAUGUCCUAUGUGCGAGCUAUGGGAAUAAAACUGUGUAUACUUGCAUUAGCCUUUAAUAUGUCACAUUAUGUAGCGGAAAUAUAUUUGAACGUGUGGCUAUGUAAAAUAACCGAUGAUGCUGAUUCUGACGAAAAGGACCGACCAUCAAUCAAAAUGAGAGUUGGUGUGUAUGGAGCUAUAGGAUUGAUUAGAUGCAUACUGAUCCUGAUAACAGAACAAUUGGUUGAAGUUGCUAUGAUAAAUGGAGCAAAAAAGCUCCAUUCUGAUUUACUUAACAAUGUGCUUAUGUCACCGAUGAGUUUUUUUGAUACAACACCUCUUGGUAGGAUCAUUAACAGAUUUGCAAAAGAUAUCGAGUCUAUUGAUGAGAGCAUUGUAUUUAUGUUCAAAGAUGUAGUAGUUAGCGCCUUCUAUUUUAUCAUUGCUGUAAUGGCCAUGUGCAGUGGGACACCUCAAAUGAUUUUGGUCGUGAUACCAAUUAGUAUUGCUUUUUGGUAUAUCCAACGAACAACAGUGCCAUUCCGACGUCAAUUGCAAAGAUUAAGUUCAGCUGCGAGAUCACCAAUAUACUCACAUAUGGGUGAAACUAUAUCAGGCUGUUCAACCAUAAGAGCAUACCAACAGGAGAGUAGAUUUGUACAAGAGUUGAUAGAUCGAUGCGAUGAUUAUAGUAAUUGUGUUAAUCUUGUUUGGUCAACAGGAAAAUGGACACACAUCAGGAAUGAUAUACUUGGAGCCAUUGUAGUAUUUUGUGCCUGUAUUUUUUCGCUGAUUGGUAAAGAUCAUCUCUCUGUAGGGAUUGCCGCUUUAACAUUUACGUAUGCCUAUAAAAUCAAGGAUCUUAAUCGAUGGUUUAUGAUGAACUAUGCCAAUUUUGAAACCAACAUAGUUAGUAUUGAAAGAGUCACUGAAUUCAUUGAAACCCCGAAAGAGGCGUUAUGGCGGAUUGAAGAAACGAAACCAAAACCAACCUGGCCGGAUGAAGGUCGUGUUGAAAUGAACAACUACUGUGUUCGCUACAGAGAGGACCUUGAUUUAGUAUUAAAAGGAAUUACCUGUAAAAUUUUGCCCUGUGAAAAGAUUGGAAUAGUUGGUAGGACUGGAGCAGGAAAGUCAUCAUUGACAAUGGCUCUGUUUAGAAUACUUGAACCGGCAAAAGGUGAUAUAGUUAUCGAUGGGGUCGAUAUUUCUACAAUUGGGCUUCACGAUUUAAGAUCAAAGAUCACAAUCAUACCGCAGGAUCCAGUUCUUUUCUGUGGAAGUAUCAGAAUGAAUUUGGACCCGUUUGACGUUUUCUCAACUGAAAAUAUUUGGAGAGCACUAGAGCAUGCCCAUUUAAAAGAUUUCGUUCAAGGAUUGGAAGAUGGUAUGGACCACCAAUGUUCUGAAGGCGGAGAAAACUUAAGUGUUGGUCAGCGUCAAUUGGUGUGCUUGGCAAGAGCCUUACUCCGAAAGACAAAAAUCUUGGUGCUCGAUGAAGCAACUGCUGCCGUUGAUUUGAAAACAGAUGAACUUAUACAAAACACAAUUAGAACAGAGUUUGCUGAUUGUACAGUAUUGACCAUAGCACAUAGAUUAAACACAAUAAUGGAUUAUACAAGAGUAAUGGUACUUGAAACUGGAAAAAUUAAGGAGUUUGAUACCCCGACCACUUUACUACAGAACAAGGACAGCGUAUUCUACAGUAUGGCAAAAAACGCAGGCCUUGUUAAAUGAAAUUUGAAAAUAGUUCAAAUUAUAGAGAGCAUGAAUGUAUGACGUCAAAUAUAUGGCAGAUGUACUGUAUAAUUUAUAAUUGAUUCCAUAAAUCAAGCAAAAGAAAUUAACAUCUAAUGGACUAAUUUUAAACGUAUACAUUAUGAAUAAUUCGGAUAAAAAUGAUUAUCAUAUCAA